CUCCGCCUGGGCAGCGCAGCGCCAGGCGAUCGCCGCCCAGGCUGGCUCCCGGGAGCCGCCCUGCCCGCCAGGCAGCCGGGCCACCGGCGUGGGGGCCUCCCUCCGCGGGGCGGGCGGCCCGGGCCGCCGACGGAGCCGCCGCCGCCCGAGCCUUCGCCUCCCCAUGAACCGCGAUGGGGGAAUGGACCAUCCUAGAGAGACUCCUCGAAGCCGCCGUCCAGCAGCACUCCACUAUGAUAGGGAGGAUUCUGCUGACCGUGGUGGUGAUCUUCAGGAUCCUCAUUGUGGCCAUUGUAGGAGAAACUGUUUACGAUGAUGAACAGACUAUGUUUGUAUGUAACACGUUGCAGCCAGGCUGCAACCAGGCAUGUUACGAUCAAGCGUUUCCUAUUUCUCAUAUUAGGUACUGGGUAUUUCAGAUCAUCAUGGUGUGCACCCCAAGUCUCUGUUUUAUAACAUACUCUGUUCAUCAGUCUGCCAAGCAGAGGGAAAGGAGGUUUUCCACAGUCUUCCUCACUCUGGACAGAGAUCAGGACUCCAUAAAACGGGAAGACAGUAAGAAGGUCAAGAAUACCAUUGUCAAUGGGGUGCUGCAGAACACCGAAAACUCCACCAAGGAAGCAGAACCUGACUGCCUGGAAGUGAAGGAAAUCCCCAACCCAGCUAUCAGAACAACCAAGUCCAAGAUGAGGCGGCAAGAAGGCAUCUCUCGAUUUUAUAUCAUCCAGGUAGUCUUCAGAAAUGCCCUGGAGAUUGGAUUUUUGGUGGGACAAUAUUUCCUGUAUGGAUUCAAUGUUCCAUCCAUGUAUGAAUGCGACCGAUACCCUUGCAUUAAAGAAGUUGAAUGCUACGUCUCCAGGCCCACUGAAAAAACAGUCUUCUUGGUCUUCAUGUUUGCCGUUAGCGGCAUUUGUGUGGUGCUAAACCUAGCUGAACUGAAUCACUUGGGAUGGAGGAAAAUCAAAAUGGCUGUAAGGGGCGUGCAAGCAAAACGGAAAUCAAUAUAUGAAAUCCGGAACAAGGACCUGCCACGAAUGAGCGUGCCUAACUUUGGCAGGACUCAGUCUAGUGACUCAGCUUAUGUAUAAGGUUGGGACACAGGAUCCAAAUACUUUGCCAGGUAUAACCAACCAUGUGGAUGUUUAGAGUUAGGGAAAGAACAUUGCUUAAGCAAUUAUUUCCUCAAACCACCAAGAAAGCCAUUAAGGUAUGGAUCUGCACUUUCUGAGUCUCAGUGUGGAAGAAGUGACUGAUGAAGAGACAGCUGUAUAACACACUCUAUCUGGCCUUACAGCACAGUUACUUAAUCUUUCCCUCAUGAUCCAAUACUGUCUUUUGACUGGAGCAACUUUUCUGCCAUCAUUGGGAAAAGUCUGUCUGCCCAACUGAUGGAAACGUCUUCAGAAUGUUACAUUUAAACAUUUCAGUGGGGCCAUUUUUUGAGGGGAGGGUUGGGGAAUGGUUUCGCAGCAAUAUGCAAAUGCAAGCAUGUUUAUCAGAGUGGGGAGGGUUGAACUGUCCAAGAAUAUGACCACAAAGUCAGCCUGUAGCAUCCAUAAGCAUUCCUUGAUGGAUGCCUGACAUCAUGCUGUCUGUCUGCUUCACACAGUUAGUUACUAUGUAUGAUGAGUUCUUUUUUUAUUAUUGUUUUGUGCAGAAACGAAUUACACAAAAAUAGUAAUGCUGAAUAUCAUUUUGCCAGUUUUUUUGUUUGACUGCCUGCUUACACCAGAGACCUUAAUCAUCAUAAUGCUAGUUCAGACCAACCAAAUUAAUAAAUAAUUUUCUAUAGAAAUCACAACAGUUCCCUGCUUCAUGGGCGGAUUUCACAUGGGCCAAAAACACCGGUGUGAAAAUGGUGUAAAUCCUUUUACACCAUUUUAAACCAUUUUACACCAUUUUCACACCGCUGUUUUUGGCCUAUGCGGACUCCACCAUGGUUAAACAAGAUGGAAUGAACUGAAAUUCAGCCAAGUUAUACACCUAAAGGGUUUUUAAAAAAUACAUAUACCAAAGGAGCAGAAUUUAUUGCUGUUAACUGUGAAAAUAUGUCACCGCGUCUUUGCUCUUAUAUAAAUAAGUGCCAUACUUGAAGAUAAAGCAUCUAACUUUGUAUUUAGUCAACAUUCUGGCUAGGAAUUUCAUCUUGAAGCCAUGGGAUUUGAUGUUUUCCUUUUGUUUUAUUCAUGGUCUCCCAACCUUAGUUAUUGCAAUGGUUGUAAAAAUCAGCGGAGAAUUAUAAAUGAAUUGCCUUUUUGUAAAAUAGAAAGUUAACUUUCUUUUAUAAUAGACAUAGUAUUAACAUUGCAUUAUUAUAUGAAAAUGAAGUUUUAUCGGUGUCUACCUAGGACAUAAGAACUAUUAUAUUACAGCCUCUUUUUUAUUCAUUGCCUGGAUAACAUACACAUAUUUGGAUAACAAGUUAUAGAUUUUUCAUUUUACAAUUACAUGGUGCUAUAGUAGGUCAAUGAAUUUGGAUAAGUCAGAGAUGCAGCAUGAAUCAGAAAAUGCAGGUUCUACUCUGUGUGUGUGUGUGUGUAAACACACACAUUUUCUUCUGUUCAACUUCUUUGUAUUUUUUUCAUAAUGUGAUCCCUUCAGGGACAGAAGAGUAUGUUUUUCAAGUAAAAUUUCAGUCAUCUGAUCUUUCCAAUAAUGUGGUCUAUAAAUCUGUUAUGUCUCUCUGUUUAAAACAUACUCAUUGUUAAAGGAAUGUAUGUACACACAUAAAUUUCUAACUUUUAGGAACUGAAAAUGUCAUGAUCACUCAUUGUAACUAGCUUGGUAAAAUGUAGAUCACAGAUCUAUAGUUCCAAUUUAAAUGAGGUAUUUGUUCGAAACUCUAUUUAAAUAACUGAGAUUUUUUCCACUGAUGCCACUAUAACCUCAAUCUAUCCUAUAAAUCAUUGAAUUAGAGGACAUAUUCCAGUAAUAUGACAUCUUAACUUAGUAGGCCACAAUCCUCCUUCUAAGAGUGCAGUGCAGGAAAUCUGUAGGUCAUUCGUAUCUGUGCUUUGAGCAUCAUAUGUUAUUUUAAUUAUUAUUUAUUUACAAAAUAUAUAUCCCUUCUUUCUGCUCUUGGAAAUGCUACCUAGACAGGUAACAAUUUAAAACAAUAUAAGAUAAAAUCUCCUCCCUGCCAUACUUCAUUAAUUUUUUUAAGAUGAGUUAAAAAACAAAAUUAAAAUAUAUACAAAAUUUUAAAACAUUGGAAAGAGGGAUCACUGAAGAAAUGCCAAAUGAAACAAGAGAAGUCUUCACCCACUGCAACAGAAUGGGAGAGCAGGUCUUGGUGCCAUGACCAAGAAGGCCUCUUUCCCAGGUUGCCACCUGCCUGAUUUCAGAAGGUGGGGCUAUCUAAAGCAAGACCUCCAAUGGUGACCAUAAUGGUUGUGCAGGUUCAUAUGGGAUUAGGUUGUCCUUCAGGUACGUAAGUCCCAAACGAGAUAGAACUUUGAAGGUCAAGAUUAACACCUUGAAUUGUGUCCAGAAACAAAUUGGGAACCAGUGCAGAUGGGCUGACUGGAGGAAUAUGGUUCCUAAAAUUCCUUAAAGUCAACAUCCCAGCUGCAGUGUUCUGUACCAACUUAAGUUUCUGAACACUUCUUAAGGACAACCCUAGAAAGAGUGCAUUGUAAUAAUCUAAUCUAGAUGUAACCAGGCCAUAUUCCACAGUGGCCAGAUCUUUUCUGCCAAGGGGCUGUUCCAAUCUUGAAAUGGGAAAAAGAAGGUGAAUGAGUGGCUCACAUUCUUUCUUUGCUUGUUGCUGCUACAAUAUGUGCUGAGAUGUACAUGAAUUUUGGUCACCAUCCUUGAGACAUUACAAUAUUCACAACAUUAACAUAUUUUGUAAUGUUGAUCUUAUUACAGUAUACCAUAAAAUUACUCUUGACCUUCAUUUAAGUUUUGUUAUUGUCUACAAGAACACCUUGAUUAAGGUCCCUUUUACACAUGCAGAAUAAUGCACUUUCAAUCCAAUUUCAAUGCAUUUUGCAGAUGGAUUUUACUAUGUGGAAUAGCAAAAUCCAUUUUCAAACAAUCGUGAAAGUGCAUUAUUCUGCAAGUGCAAAAGGGGCCUUAGAGAUGGAUAUUUCCUUGGUUCAGGGUAAAUUGGAUGUGGAUCUAGAUGUACAGUCUGAGUGUCACCCAAGUAUACUGUAUUGCUUUCAAUGAGAUAUGCAUUGGGAUGCACAAUGAGAUGUACUUCUGUAUCCACAUUCUGGCACAAUGUGUAAUUUCACAUUGCUAGAGAGUGAGUGAGGAAUCUCAGAAUAGAUUAGGUAUAACUCAAAAGACCAGAGGGUAACCCACCCAUAUCAAAAGUAUGGGAAAAGUCUGGAAUAAAAAGGUUUAAUGAAAAUGUAUAGAUCUAUGGAAAUGAAGUUGUCCAUUUUGGAGUGUUUUGUGUUAUUUGUUUCACACACAUGGGGUUUGUCUAUUUAAACAGACAAGCUUCUAUAGUAAGUUUGCAUUUAUUUUGAUGUAUAGUAUUUGUUAAUUUCCAAAAUGUAACUCAUCAACUACUGUAUUGUGCUUUACACUUGUGAAAUUCUCUUUGGAAUAUUGUUUCAAUUUGUAAUAUAUUUUAGAAAUUCAGGGCAUGCCUCUUAUGCCAUUCUUGUUUACUGAGACAGCUAAUUAUAUCAAAGAAAAAACUGCUAAUGGUGUAGGUUCCAUGCAACAUUGCCAUAACUUUUACAUCAGUCAGGUUUGCAUGGAAGUAGGACUUGCUGGAUUAAGUCCUAUGCCAAGAAUCCUGAACAGACUGGCCUGGAGGUAAUACCAGAUUGGUUCACACGUACAUGUUUGUAGCCUACUUUCUUUACACUUGAUCACUAUAUAUGACUGGUGACUGAUACUGUAGUUCUAAGCAGAGUCAUACCUUUUAAAACCUAUUGAAGUCAGUGGAAAGGUAUAAUUUUGUUUAGGAUUGCACCACAAAUGUACAAACUGAUCCCUUUGAAAACAUGUUGUCUGCGGUGAUCAGAAAGUCCCACCUAUGGCAUUACUGUGUUUAUGGCCUAGACACAUCUAAGCUUCAUGAUACAUGUAUGAAUUAGCCCCUCCAUUUAAACAAUGAAAUAUGUUUAGGAUAAAAAAUACCAGCCUAGUGCUUAUGUUGUUCAUCUCUUAGACAAAAAUAGGAAAUACCAACACAUUGGAUAGGAAAUGAUUUGGGCUGCUUUGAAAACAUUCCUUUAGCCAAACACGAAUGGUUCAGAACUGAUUAUGUAUUCCUCAUUAAGUUAACAACAAUAUUACUAUUUUAUUCCAUAUAAUAUCAGGUAAUAAGUAAUUGUGGAGCAUGAAUGUUAUUGAUAGAAGGCAACUAUGGCAGCUAUAGAUCUUCAUUUACAAUAUGACAGGCACCUAAAAUGACUUUUUUGAUAUGAGAAAAGUACUCUUGGACAAUUUGAUUUGCAUUUUAUUCAUCACUGGACAAAUUUCGAACAGCUCCUUUUGAUGCAAAUUAAAUUAUUAGUAGUAAUAGAAACAGUAAUGGUAGCAGCAGUAGUGAUAGUAGUAGGGGUAGUAAUAACAGUAGUUCAAAUAAUAAAUAGAUGCACAAAAAACAAUAAGCUUCUUAAAUUCACUGAGGUCAAUGGCAAAGUAUUUGUGGACUUCAUUCAUUCUGGACCAUGCUCAAGAUAAGUUUAUAUGUAUGUAUUCCAUAGUGUUAAGUCUCUAUUAUAGGCUCCUGUUAGUAUAUGUAGAAAAAAAUAUGGUGCAACAGCAUGCCUUCAAACCUGUCAGAUAUUUCAAUGCUUUUAGUGAAAAGCACAACAAAAAGAUAAAUCCUACAAAAAUGUCAGUGAUUUUUUCACUAAUAAAGCUUUUAUAUAUGAAAUGCCCUUCUUGUGUACUGGAUUGGAAACAUGCAAAUGAAUGGGAAUAAAAUGGAAUAUUAACACAA